CAGAAGGCCCUGCAGCUAGCUCCUAGCUGGCUCGGGAGCCAAGUGAGUGGGUGACAGGUUGCUCCUGACCGGGAAGGUUGUCCAGCACCGCGGGGCUGGGUUUCAGGUCAGCGGGACCAUGCAGAGAGACCGGAGGGCAGAGCUGCUGCUCCCCAGGACCUGACGGAGACCCCGCAUUUUCAGAGCCCACCUGGUCGCUGCCAUAGAAUGGACUCUAGCGGGGCUGGGAUGCCCAGCCCUCCGCCCUCAAGGGCCAAUGGGAACAUCAACCUGGGACCUUCAGCCAACCCAAACGCCCGGCCCACCGACUUUGACUUCCUGAGAGUCAUUGGCAAAGGGAGCUAUGGGAAGGUCCUGCUGGCCAAGCACAAGUCUGAUGGGAUGUUCUACGCGGUGAAGGUGCUGCAGAAAAAGUCCAUCUUAAAGAAGAAAGAGCAGAACCACAUCAUGGCGGAGCGCAGUGUGCUGCUGAAGAACGUACGGCACCCCUUCCUUGUGGGCCUGCGCUACUCCUUCCAGACGCCUGAGAAGCUCUACUUCGUGCUGGACUAUGUCAACGGGGGAGAGCUCUUCUUCCACCUGCAGCGGGAACGCCGGUUCCUGGAGCCCCGGGCCCGGUUCUACGCCGCCGAGGUGGCCAGUGCCAUUGGCUACCUGCACUCCCUCAACGUCAUUUACAGGGAUCUGAAACCAGAGAACAUUCUCUUGGACUGCCAGGGACACGUGGUGCUGACAGAUUUUGGCCUCUGCAAGGAAGGGGUAGAGCCUGAGGAUACCACGUCCACAUUCUGUGGCACCCCAGAGUACUUGGCUCCAGAAGUGCUUCGUAAAGAGCCUUAUGAUCGGGCAGUGGACUGGUGGUGCUUGGGGGCCGUUCUCUACGAGAUGCUGCAAGGCCUGCCACCGUUCUACAGCCAAGACAUGUCCCAGAUGUAUGAGAACAUUCUGCACCAGCCACUGCAGAUCCCUGGGGGCCAGACUGUGGCUGCCUGCGACCUCCUGCAAGGCCUUCUCCACAAGGACCAGAGGCAGCGGCUGGGCUCCAAAUCAGACUUUCUUGAGAUAAAGAAUCAUGUAUUCUUCAGCCCCAUAAACUGGGAUGACUUGUACCACAAGAGGCUGACUCCACCCUUCAACCCAAAUGUGGCAGGACCUGCUGACCUGAAACACUUUGACCCCGAGUUCACCCAGGAAGCUGUUUCAAAGUCCAUUGGCUGCACUCCUGACACUGUGGCCAGUAGUUCUGGGGCCUCCAGUGCCUUCCUGGGAUUUUCCUAUGCACCAGAGGAUGAGGCCAUCCUGGACUACUAGAAGAGAAGUGUUCCUAGACUACUGUAACCACUGAAGACAGCUGCUUCUUGCCCCAAAAAUAACAGGGGAUGGUGCUGGAAAACACACCAAUGACACUAACACUGACCUACUGAAAUUCCAAGCUGUAUCAGGAAGAGUUACUGUUACCCUAUGACACGUGCUGAGAACUUUCAAAGAAACGCUCUGAUUUGGUUUCCAUCAUAACAGCGACUGUUAAUUGACAAAUGUGGAACAUGAUGGAGAGCCCCUUUCCCCCAACUUCCCAAAGCAAAAAGCAAGAGUGUGAUUGUCAGUAACGUGAUAGUACUGUCAAAAGUACACAACCUGCUAUUAUGGGUUGUGAAACACACAAUGCUUCCAUGUGGUCGAAGAUUGUAAAGUCGCAAAAUUUUCACCAGGAUAGAAAAUAAAAAUGGAGAACUAUGAUAUGGAA